AUCUUCUGUGGGUCCUUGGAGUGGAGGUGACAUUCAGUUCGGACAGAGUUGGAACCGGCGAAGGUGUCUUAUGCUGUUUUAAAGCAGAAAUUGAAGUAAAACCUCCCGGAUAAAAUGGCACAGGCGGCCCAAAGACUCGUUAAAUCCGUGGUCACCAAGACACCACAAUUAAUAAGCGCUACAGUGAACUACUCCAAGCCCCGGCUGGCCACAUUCUGGCACUAUGCCCGCGUUGAGCUGGUUCCCCCCACCCCUGCAGAGAUCCCCCAGGCUAUCGAGAGCGCCAAGGGGCUCGUCAAAGCUUUCCAGACUGGCCGACUUGCCCAGACCACAGUCAAGGACGCCUUGAGGAACGGCCUGGUCGCCACAGAAGUGCUCAUGUGGUUCUACAUUGGAGAGAUCAUCGGGAAAGGCAGUAUUGUUGGAUACAAUGUGUAAAACAUGAACUGUUCCAUUGUAGAGUUUUUCUGCUGAGCUUUGUACACGCACUCACCUCCGGGUCCAACUGCUUGGAAUCCAAUAAAAUCUGUAUGUUCAACGACA